AUUUCUUUUCUCAUUUUCUUUCAGCCACCUCACUCACGCGGCUGCUUUCUCUCUCUCUCUCUCGAUCUCCCACUCCCAUAAAUGCAGUGACACUUGCAUUCUGUGUGCACGCGCGUGUGACAGAGAGCGAUAGUCGAAAUAGAAAGUGAGGAAGGAAGGGAGAGUGAGGGAGCAUAAGGGAAGUUAAAAAAAGGGGGAGCAUAUGUAUGUUUGUCACUGAGGGGGAAAAGGAAGAAGAACAUUCAAGUAUCCGCCAUAUGCUGUGGAUUUAUGAUGUCUUGCUGAAGUGAAUGUCCUUUUUUGGGGAAAGAGAUGGGAAGCUCGCAUUUGCUGAACAAAGGCUUGCCUUUAGGCAUCCGGCCCCCCAUCCUGAACGGGCCCAUGCACCCCCGGCCCCUGGUGGCCCUGCUGGACGGGCGUGACUGCACCAUAGAGAUGCCCAUCCUGAAAGACGUGGCCACUGUGGCCUUCUGUGAUGCCCAGUCCACCCAGGAGAUCCAUGAGAAGGUACUGAACGAGGCUGUAGGAGCUCUGGUGUACCACACCAUCACACUAAUGAGGGAGGACCUUGACAAAUUCAAGGCACUGCGGAUCAUUGUCCGCAUAGGCAGCGGCUUCGACAACAUCGAUAUCAAGUCGGCUGGAGAUUUAGGGAUAGCAGUGUGUAACAUGCCAGCAGCAUCGGUGGAGGAGACAGCAGACUCUACACUGUGUCACAUCCUGAACCUGUACAGACGGACCACGUGGCUCCACCAGGCGCUGCGCGAGGGCACACGGGUCCAGAGUGUGGAGCAGAUCAGGGAGGUGGCGUCUGGGGCGGCGCGGAUCCGUGGGGAGACACUUGGCAUCAUUGGCCUCGGUCGUGUUGGCCAGGCUGUAGCACUGAGAGCCAAAGCCUUUGGGUUUAAUGUGAUAUUCUACGAUCCGUACCUGUCUGACGGGGUGGAGCGAGCCCUGGGCCUGCAGCGCGUCAACACCCUCCAGGACCUGCUCUUCCACAGUGACUGUGUCACCCUCCACUGCAGCCUCAACGAGCACAACCACCACCUCAUCAACGACUUUACCAUCAAACAGAUGCGCCAGGGUGCGUUCCUGGUUAACACGGCCCGAGGGGGGCUGGUGGAGGAGAAAGCCCUGGCACAGGCCCUGAAAGAGGGGAGGAUCCGAGGAGCGGCCCUGGACGUCCACGAGACAGAGCCCUUCGGUUUCAACCAGGGCCCUCUGAAAGAUGCUCCAAACCUCAUCUGUACUCCCCACGCUGCCUGGUACAGUGAACAGGCUUCUAUUGAGAUGAGAGAGGAGGCAGCCAGGGAGAUCCGCCGAGCCAUUUCAGGUCGUAUUCCAGACAGCCUGAAGAACUGUGUGAAUAAAGAGUUCCUAAGCCAGACUAGUCACUGGGCCAGUAUGACCCCUGCUGUCAGUCACCCUGAGGUCAAUGGGGCAUACAGAUAUCCUCCUGGUGUUGUGAGUUUGGCCUCUGGGGGGCUCCCUCCGCCUGUAGAGGGGAUUGUUCCUAGUGCCGUGCCCAUCACACACAGCCUGUCCAGUGCCGCCCACCCCUCUCGCGCCCCCUCGCCGGGCCAGCCAGGCAAAUCAGAGUUGGACAGGGAUCAGCACCCCAACGACCAGUUGUAGCCCCGCCCCACAGAGCUCUCUGUCCAACCAUAGAACUCUCCUGGUCUUCAUCACUCCAAAGAGGAAUGGAACUGAAGCAUCAUGGGUUCUAAACAGCUGCCAUGAAACAGACAGACUCACAGAGGUCCAUUACAGUUCAUCUGGUCCAACCAUAGUGGAGUCGGUCGUCUUUUUGAAACUUUUUUUUGUGUAGAAAAAAAAACACGAAUAAUAUUGUGGAUUCGAAAAGAGAAAAAUAUCCUUUAAAGCCAAUCCUACUGUUUAGACUAUAGUUUGUCCAAGUAACGUGGGCGAAUGUCUGUUUGUGUCCUAUGGGUUCUUGUUAAAGCAAAAGUAGUUGAUUAUAACAUGAUUGUAACUGUUUGUGUACAGUUUUUAGAAAUAUGAAAACAAUUAUUUGUAGUGCAGUCUAAAAGAAAAACAAGGGUGAAAACUAAUCAACCGAUUUUAAAAAGACAAUAGAAUAUUUGUUUUAUAUGUUUCCCAACAAGCCCCAAAAGAGGCAGCUUUUGCACAGGUUCUCAGGAAAUGGAGUUUCCCUAGUUCUUUUUCUUCUACACCACAUAGUGCUUUGUUUUUCGACCCACCUGCCUCUGGUCUAUAUUAGCAAAAAUACUUUAAGUUCCAUUUGUUCUUUCAGUUUAAGGGGCAUGUUGUUCUGUAGUCUUCAGCCUCUGUAUAAAUGUUAAAACUGUGCAUUUUGGGAGAGAAGACCCCCCCUGUCUUGUGCAUACCUGACGUACUGCUUGCCUGUGUCAGUGUGACUUGAUUGUAACGUGUCUGAGAAGAGAAGCAGCUCCCAGCUGCACAAUUAGUAGCAGACAUACAUUGCCUCUCUUCUGGUGAAGUAGUAGGUUAGCAAUAUACAGUAUACAUACUAUAUAUUACAAAAUAUCAUUAUUUUUGGUUAAUCAAUAUCCAAAAAGAGAUGUUUGUGACUGUAUGCAUUUGUAUUAAUUAUUUUAAAAAUAAACAAAAGUCCCUGUUGAAAGGUCAAAUUUGA